AUGGCGUACAACUUCUGGUCUCAGCCAUCAAAGAACGAUGGAGCUCAGCUCCAGUAUCAGGCCAUAGAAGGUGCGGGUCCGGAGUACCCGUCACCUGAGGGCUCGCGCACGAUCAAACCAGAGCUACCCGCUCACACCACCGGCGAACGUCGCGAAAAGCUAUGCAUCGACGGUCAGGACGACGUAGGGACCGUGAAUACGGAUGCUUCUGCAGUCUGGGUUUCUGCCAUCGUGGCGGCAAUCUGCACCAAAACGUAUGCGGGCCCGCCUGGGAAGAAGAAGAGCAGUUCAGAGGAGCAGCUGACCGACCAGGAAACUGCAUGGUGGGAGCGAUGGCAGCAGAAAUCGCAGGUGGACGUCAAGACGCACGAGACAUCUGAUGAUGACUUCAUGAAUACGGUGGAGUUCAAGGCCUGGGAGGUCUUCCAGAGCGCUGUGGACACUUCCCACGCUGGAUGCUUGAAGGGUUACGUCCGCAAUCGCCCUGAUCUGAGGCUCAAGUGCUCGGAGCGGAUCCUUGGGAUGAUCGACGGGUUGGAGAAGUACCCCAUCAUCCGCUCUUCCGCGCUCAAGAACCUCAACUAUGCGAAGUACGCCGCCAAUCCUGAUGCAUUUGCCAACCGCAAGGUGGUCAGCUGCUGGAACAACUGGAACAAGAUGUCGUCCGAUCAGCAGCAGACGUUCUUCGACAAGUUCCGGCAAGACGCGACACCCGCAGUACAAUCGGCUAUGAUGGCGCCAUCUUUGAUCAGAGAUACCGCUGGAGGCUCGGGAGUAAAGCGGGUUGCGGUGGAAGGGUCGGAGGAGUCUUCAAGGAAACGGAGGAUGCUUGAUAUGAGCGAGAAAAGGAGCCUUCGCCUUCCGCAAGACAGCGGUGUCUCUCGUGGUGGCAUGGAAAGCGAGUUCCUCAAAGAUAGCGAGCUCGCCGCUGCCGGCAUCGGGAAGCAAGACCUGACACCGGCGCCAACCUGGGACGACUUGCUCUUCCUCGCAGCAGUUGCACGGUCAGGGAAAUAUGAGAGCGCCAGACGCCCCAACCAAGCAUUUUCCGGCGCCUUCGGACGGAGUCGCGCCAUCUAA